AUGGGCAGUGUCGAGACGAUCCCAACCGUCGACAUCAGCGCCUGGCUUGAUCCGUCUUCAGCGGAGGAGGACCGCCAGAAUGUCGUCAACGCGAUGCGCCACGCAUGUACUACUUACGGAUUCCUGAGCCUCGUAGGCCAUGGAGUCUCGCUAGAAGAGCAAAAGCAGGCGAUGGACUGCGCGAAGCUCUUCUUCACCCUGUCCGAGGAGGAGAAGAUGGACGUAUGGAUCGGUAAGAGUAAGGGGAGGUCGUUCCGCGGAUAUGAGCCUCCCGGCAUCCAGGUCCACCAGGAAGGUCUCCUUCCAGAUACCAAGGAGUGCUUCAUUAUCGGCCAUGAGGUGCCCGAGGACCAUCCUGACAGCGGUACGUUCUCCACGGGUCCCAAUCUGUGGCCGAAGUCACUCCCGGAGGACCAGUUCCGGAUCCCCAUUAUGAAAUACCAAGCUCGCAUGGUCCAGCUGGUGAAAGUGCUGCUCAAAAUCCUUGCAAGGGGUUUACCCUCAGAGUGGAAUUGCCCGCCGGACGCGCUGGACGCGCUGGCUGAGAACGAGCCCUCGAUUCCUAUGCGACUUCUGCAUUACGCUCCUCAGCCAGUCAGAGACGAGAGACAGUUUGGUGUCGGCGAUCACACUGAUUUUGGAUGCAUCACCAUCCUCCUACAAGAAAUGGGCACCGAGGGUCUAGAGGUCUGGUAUCCACCCACGGAAACCUGGAUUCCAGUCCCUCCACAGGAAAAUGCCUAUGUGAUCAACAUCGGCGACAUGAUCCAAAAGUUCACGGGUGGAUACUACCGCAGCGCCCGUCAUCGGGUGAUCACCUUCACCGAGAAGCAUAGGUACAGCGUCCCUUUUUUCCUCAAUGGCCAGCUGAAGUUGAAGUGCACUGCACUUGACGGGUCGGGGGUGGAAACGAUUGUCGGGGAGCAUAUUCGGGGACGACUUAUUGAGACCAUGGGGAAGACUGGUGAAAAGCUCAAAUAA